UACCUGGUUCCCCUAGCCUGGUUCAUUCAAUAGAAAACAAGCAACAUGAAGCAACAGUAAGAAACAGUAAACAGGGGUAGUACUAAUUGUUGCGUAUUAUUGUAAUUUAAUAGUAUUUCACGAGCAACAGAAAUAUGUAUGAGCAGGACGAAGAUAAUUUUGAAGAGGAAGAUGGAGGAGAAAUCAGCUCUGAACUGUGGCAGGAGGCCUGCUGGAUCGUCAUUAACGCAUACUUUGAUGAGAAAGGUUUGGUCCGGCAGCAGCUGGACAGUUUCGAUGAGUUCAUUCAAAUGUCUGUUCAGAGGAUUGUUGAGGAUUCCCCACAGAUUGACUUGCAAGCAGAAGCACAACACACAACUGGAGAGAUUGAAAAUCCACCAAGAUAUCUAUUGAAAUUUGAACAAAUCUAUUUAUCAAAACCAACACAUUGGGAAAAGGAUGGUGCACCAUCCCCUAUGAUGCCUAAUGAGGCCCGUUUAAGGAAUCUUACAUAUUCUGCUCCACUGUAUGUUGAUAUCACAAAAACCAUUGUUAAAGAUGGUGAAGAUCCUAUAGUAACUCAACAUCAAAAAACAUUUAUUGGAAAAAUUCCUAUUAUGUUGAGAUCAACAUAUUGCUUGCUCAGCGGUCUAACGGAUCGUGAUUUGACUGAGUUGAAUGAAUGCCCGUUGGAUCCAGGUGGUUAUUUUAUUAUCAACGGCUCAGAGAAAGUACUUAUUGCUCAGGAGAAGAUGGCUACAAAUACUGUUUACGUUUUUGCAAUGAAAGAUGGAAAAUACGCUUAUAAAGCUGAAAUCCGUUCGUGUUUGGAACACAGUUCAAGACCGACUUCUACAUUGUGGGUUAAUAUGAUGGCUAGGGGUGGACAAGCUAUCAAGAAGGCAGCUAUUGGUCAGAGAAUCAUAGCAAUUUUACCAUACAUUAAACAGGAAAUCCCCAUUAUGAUUGUUUUUCGCGCAUUGGGUUUUGUCGCCGAUCGCGAUAUCCUCGAACAUAUUAUUUAUGAUUUCGACGAUCCAGAAAUGAUGGAAAUGGUCAAACCAUCUUUGGACGAGGCCUUCGUUAUUCAAGAACAGAACGUCGCUUUGAAUUUCAUCGGAGCAAGAGGUGCUAGGCCUGGAGUUACGAAGGAAAAACGUAUUAAAUAUGCUAGGGAAAUUCUGCAAAAAGAAAUGUUGCCGCACGUCGGUGUUUCCGAUUUCUGUGAAACAAAAAAAGCUUAUUUCUUGGGGUACAUGGUUCACAGAUUGUUAUUGGCGGCACUCGGCAGAAGAGAAUUAGAUGACAGGGAUCAUUACGGUAAUAAACGUUUGGAUUUGGCUGGACCAUUGCUUGCUUUCCUUUUCAGAGGAUUAUUCAAAAAUCUGAUGAAAGAGGUGAGGAUGUACGCACAAAAGUUUAUUGACCGGGGGAAAGAUUUCAAUCUCGAUCUUGCUAUUAAGACGAAGCUUAUUACCGAUGGAUUGAGGUAUUCUUUGGCUACUGGUAAUUGGGGUGACCAAAAGAAAGCUCAUCAGGCCAGAGCUGGUGUGUCUCAGGUAUUGAACCGUUUGACUUUCGCUUCAACUUUAUCGCAUUUGCGUCGUGUGAAUUCCCCAAUCGGUCGUGAUGGUAAAUUGGCCAAACCGAGGCAGUUGCAUAACACGCUUUGGGGUAUGAUCUGUCCUGCCGAAACCCCGGAGGGUGCCGCCGUAGGUCUCGUAAAGAACUUAGCUUUGAUGGCUUACAUUUCCGUUGGUUCUCAACCUUCCCCAAUUUUGGAGUUCUUAGAAGAAUGGUCCAUGGAGAACUUGGAAGAAAUCGCUCCUUCUGCCAUCGCCGAUGCCACCAAGAUAUUUGUUAACGGAUGUUGGGUGGGUAUUCAUAGAGAUCCUGAACAAUUAAUGGCGACUUUGAGAAAACUCAGACGUCAGAUGGACAUUAUCGUAUCUGAAGUAUCGAUGAUCCGUGAUAUCAGAGAUCGCGAAAUUAGGAUUUACACAGAUGCCGGUCGUAUCUGUAGACCUCUUCUUAUUGUUGAGAAUGGAACAUUGUUAUUGAAGAAGAGACAUAUUGACAUGUUAAAGGACCGCGAAUACAACAAUUAUGGCUGGCAAGUUUUGGUUGCUUCAGGUGUCGUCGAGUACAUAGACACUCUGGAGGAGGAAACUGUGAUGAUUGCCAUGUCUCCCGAUGAUUUGCGUCAAGAGAAGGAAUACGCUUAUUGUACAACAUACACGCAUUGCGAAAUCCAUCCGGCAAUGAUUUUGGGCGUUUGCGCUUCGAUUAUUCCAUUCCCUGAUCAUAACCAAAGUCCCAGGAACACUUAUCAAAGUGCUAUGGGUAAACAAGCUAUGGGAGUUUAUAUUACGAACUUCCACGUGCGGAUGGACACUUUAGCGCACGUACUGUAUUAUCCUCACAAACCUCUGGUAACAACAAGAUCCAUGGAGUAUCUACGUUUCAGAGAGUUACCAGCUGGUAUUAACAGUAUUGUAGCUAUUUUGUCUUACACGGGAUAUAAUCAGGAAGAUUCCGUUAUCUUGAACGCUUCUGCCGUAGAACGAGGAUUUUUCAGAUCUGUGUUUUACCGUUCAUACAAAGAUGCUGAAUCAAAGCGUAUUGGUGAUCAGGAAGAACAAUUCGAAAAACCCACGAGACAAACUUGUCAGGGUAUGCGUAACGCGUUAUACGACAAAUUGGACGAUGAUGGUAUUAUAUCUCCUGGUAUUCGUGUAUCUGGAGAUGACGUGGUUAUUGGAAAAACAAUAAUUUUACCUGUAAACGAUGAUGAAUUGGAUGGUACCACCAAGAAGUUCACCAAAAGGGACGCUUCGACUUUCUUGCGUAACAGUGAAACGGGAGUUGUUGAUCAGGUCAUGUUAACAUUGAACACCGAAGGUUACAAGUUUUGUAAAAUCAGGGUGAGGUCUGUGCGCAUCCCUCAAAUUGGUGACAAAUUUGCGUCUCGGCACGGGCAAAAAGGUACCUGCGGUAUCCAAUAUAGGCAAGAGGAUAUGCCUUUCACAUGCGAGGGAUUGACUCCCGAUAUUAUUAUCAACCCUCACGCUAUUCCAUCCCGUAUGACAAUUGGGCAUUUAAUUGAAUGCAUCCAGGGAAAAGUUUCCUCGAAUAAAGGAGAAAUCGGCGACGCCACUCCGUUCAACGAUGCCGUCAACGUGCAGAAAAUCUCUACCCUCUUGCAAGAGUACGGUUACCAGUUGAGAGGUAACGAAGUCAUGUACAAUGGACACACUGGAAGGAAAAUCAACGCUCAGAUUUUCUUGGGUCCGACUUACUAUCAACGUCUCAAGCAUAUGGUGGACGACAAGAUUCACUCAAGGGCUCGAGGACCCGUCCAGAUCCUUGUGAGACAGCCUAUGGAGGGUAGGGCCAGGGACGGAGGUCUGCGUUUCGGCGAGAUGGAACGGGAUUGUCAAAUUUCCCACGGCGCCGCGCAGUUCCUCAGGGAGAGACUGUUCGAGGUGUCCGAUCCGUACAGGAUCCACGUCUGCAAUUUCUGUGGACUCAUUGCUAUGGCUAACAUGAGGAACAACACGUUUGAAUGCAAAGGAUGUAAAAACAAGACGCAGAUUUCGCAGGUCCGUCUUCCUUAUGCAGCCAAACUUCUAUUCCAGGAAUUGAUGUCCAUGAAUAUUGCUCCCAGACUGAUGGUCAUAAGUUAAAUUUUGCACUUGAAUUUAAUUUUAUGUAUUGAAUUAUUUUUAUAUACUAGACAUCAAGUUUAAUUUUAUUAAUAGCACUAUAGCUUUGUAAGUUUGCAUUGCAAUAGAUGGAAGAAACAAGUUAUGUAGCUAUGUAUUGGAAUUAUUUACAUAUUAAAUAUAUGACACUUAAA